AAGGCUUGAUUCUGUAUAUAGAGAUUCCCCAAUCAUUAUCACCUCUGAAUUAUGCGCUUAUUACCAUACCAAUCAAUACUCCACAAGUCCACCUUCCCUAGGAGAGUGAGUAUAAAUACAGGGCGACUUUCAAUGUCAUCACUCCUCAUCUAGAUCUACUCCUCAUCUAGGUCUACUCGCAGCUGUUAACUCACCUAAAGAGGCAUGCACAGUCUACAUAAGAAAGGCCGAUCACAAAGUCUGCCAAACUGGAAGGACGAUCGGACCGCCUUGCACUACCGGCUGACCAUCAUGGGUGCAGCCGGUGUGGGCAAGAGCUGCAUCAUCUCCCAGUUCCUGUACGACCGCUUCAUCAGUGAGUACAAGGAGACCGUGGAGGAAUUCCACCGCGGGGAGUACACCGUGGACGGACGCGAACUCAUUCUGGACAUUCUAGACACCGCGGGUGCACAUUCCUUUCCGGCCAUGCGCAGACUGGCUAUUUCAACAAGUGACGCUUUUGUGUUGGUUUAUUCAAUAGACGACGAGUCUUCAUUUCAAGGGGUAAAAGAAUUACGAGAUAUUAUUUUAGCAGAACGUGGGGAUGAGAAUGUUCCUAUCGUUGUUGUGGGAAACAAAUCGGACAUUUCUAUGGAAAAAAGGGCGAUAAUGAAAGAAACUGCGGAAUCUAUUGUGUGUUUUGACUGGGAGAAUGGGUAUGUAGAGGCUUCCGCCAAAGACAGCAUAAAUGUUGCCGGAAUCUUUAAAGAAAUUCUCCGACAAACGAACAUGGACUUUUGCAACACACCCCUUCCUAAGCGUAAAAGACUGGGGUCUAGUGCGUCCGAUAACUCGGAAUUCUCAGACUCAACACACAAACGGAGAAGUUGUAUUGUUUCAUAAUGUGAAGAACAUGCAUAUUAUUUUUACUAUUUUUUUAAUAAAUGCAUAAAAAACCAUUUACUUGCUAUGUAUU